AUGUCCUCUGUAUUCGCAAAUGUCCUGCAAGCUCCUGUAGUUGAGGCCGCAGCUUUGUCGGAGCAAUGCAUUAAUGACAAUUUUCCUGGGAAAGUAAAUUUGACGCUCGGAGUUUAUCGAAACUUUGACGGCAAGGCAAUUAAAAUCCCCGUUGUUAAGAAAAUGGAGAUUAAGAUGGCUGGAGAUGAAUCUCUUAAUGCAGACUACCUCCCUAUUACCGGAAGAGCAGCUCUAUGUGAUGCUGGAAUACGAUUACUGCUUGGUGAUCGUCACCCUGCUUAUGUAACUAAAUCAGCCGGUGGCGUUCAGACAAUUGGAGGAAGUGGUGCGGUAUUUUUGUCCUCCAGGUUUCUCCGCAAAGUCCUUAAUCUUAAUACUGUUUAUAUUUCAAGCCCCAGUUGGCCAAGUCAUAGGGGAAUAUUUAGCCACGAAGGUUUUCAUGUUGAUGAAUACCGUUACUGGGACUGGAAAAAUCAAUGCCUUGACAUCAAUGGCUUGCUGGAAGACCUUUCGAAUGCACGCAUGGGAAGCGUUGUGGCACGCCGCCUUUUUCCGCUUUUUGACAUUGCUUAUCAAGGAUUUGCAUCUGGUGAUCUCGAUGAGGACGCUUGGGCCAUUCGAAUGUUCUUAGAGCAGGGCUUUGAGUUAUUCGCCGCGCAGUCCUUCUCCAAAAACUUUGGACUCUACAAUGAGCGGGUGGGGAAUCUUGUAUUCGUUACUCGCGCCCCAGAGAUGACAGCACGCGUCAAGUCACAACUUCUGGUUCUGGCGAGAUACGUUUGGUCAUCUCCUGUCCACCACGGAUCCUAUAUCGUCUCCUCAGUGCUGAACGAUCCUGAGCUAAUUGAAGAAUGGAAACAAAACCUAAGGGAAAUGUCACAACGAAUAAUUAAAACUCGCAAACAAUUCCAUGAAAAGCUCAAAGCCCUAGGCACUCCCGGAAAUUGGGACAACAUUAUAAUUCAACGGGGAAUGUUCUCAUACACUGGCCUAUCUCGUGAACAAACUGACCACCUGAGGGAAAAGUACCACAUUUACCUCACCGGGGACGGUCGAAUGAACAUGUGCGGUCUGAAUGUGAAUAACAUGGAUUACGUGGCUGCAGCUUUUCACGAAACUGUCACCGGCACUCCUGUCCUCGAUGGCACUGGAGACAACUAA